UUGUGGUUUGUGGUGUAGAGACAACAUGUUCUGCCCUUUUAUCUGAGAAAGAACAAGAGCAUGCAGACAUUUUUCGCCCCCAACAGUGUCAUUUACGAGAAGCGUAACUGAAACAGAUUUGAGGAGCUGUCGACGGCUGCAUGGAACUGUGUUAACAGUCUAGCAAACCCAAGUCUCUUUGGUCAAACGCAGGCUGAUCAACCCUGGAUUGUCACCUGUUUGGAGACUUUACACACUAACUCCGUCAAGGGGUUGUCGAGGUGAUGGAGACAAAGGAACACUGGUUCUUGCAAGGAUUUCUGCUUCUUGCUAUGGUAAUAGCUCAAGGGGCAACUAUUAAAUGUCCUUCUAGUCCUCUGUGCUACAAGAAAACUGAAAGUGCCACCAUCUAUACAUGUGAAUGGGAGACAUCUGAAUCUAUGAAGAAUGCAACUUAUGAGCUUUUUUACAGCCGCUCCAAUUCCGCUGCAAGUAGAACAUCGUUGGGCAGUAGUAGGAAGAGCUAUAUCUGUGUGCAAGACAAUACAGUGCUCAACAAAGUGUUGGUGGAUAUAUGGGUGGUCGCUUACAUGGGCAACGGGAGCUGCCAGUCACUCAAUACCACUGUUACACUUUCUGAAAGAGUUAAGUAUGAAGCUCCCCAACGUAUGUCUAUGGCAAGAUCCUCGAGAAAUCUUACCCUCAGCUGGGAUAACAAGAAAGAUGCUGUCAUAGAGGUCAAGUUCAGAAGACUAGAGGAAACCUCAGGGACAUGGAAGACACUUAAGAAAGAAGUCAAACAAGCCAUGGUCACUCUGGAGAAUUUCCAGAACGAAUCUGUGUACCAACUACAGGUCAGACAAAUGUCCAAGCAUGUCAAACAUCCCCUGUGGAGCGACUGGACUCCAAUCCUGGACGUUCCCACUGAAAUCUCAAAUCCCCCAGAAGUUAACUGGACAGUAGAGGAUUUUAACAAUGGUACUCGACUACUCAAGCUGACUUGGGGUACACCACCUUAUCCAGUCUCUAUGCAGGUGAAUUACAACCUGUCUCUCCAUAUUUGGCCAUGCCUACUAAAGCGAAAGAACUUCACCAUUGUCACUUCCACUGAGUUCAGUGUUUAUGUGACUUACUCUGCUGUCAGUGGUGACAUUAUUGCCUUUAAUAAAGUGGGAAAGUCAUCCCCGACACAUAUCCUUGUCCCAGCAAAACAUCUUACAUUUCCCUGCAAGUCUUGGCCUAAUGACAGACUCAUCCCACUCAAGUAUGCGCAUGGCUUUAUGAAAUCCUGCCUGGAGUGGUACAAGUCAACAGACGGAGAAACGCGACCAGAAAAAGUGAAUAGAUCAAAACUAAAUGGAACCGUGAAGAAAAAACUAAAACACGUCAGAGAAAAGAUGGACGACUAUGUACGGUACUAUUACCUCGUUCACAAACAAACUGAUGGAAAGCCACAAUCAACAGAGACGUGUCUCAUGUAUAAAAAGGAGGGUGCACCCAGUAAGGCACCUGAUCAUUUCACUGCUCCUAUUCUUAAUGUUACAACCAAUUCUGCAAUGCUGCAUUGGAAACCUAUUCCUGUGCCAGACCAGCGAGGUUUCCUUACACACUAUGAAGUCUGCUACACAAGGAGAAGCCAAAAAAAUGAGUCACAAAUUGAAUCUGAGUGUCUCAAGAGCUUUGCAUCAAAAACAGAGAAUCUUGUUCAAAACCUGACACCUGGGUCCAUCUACAACAUCCAUCUCGCUGGAGCAACAGCUGCAGGUUCAGGACCAACGACAACUAUCCAAAUCAUGACAAAGCCUCUACCCCAGUCCGUUAUUGGUUGGAUCAUAGCUGGCAUAAUUGUUUCAAUUGCAAUAUUAAUAACAGUAUGCUUGUUCAUCAUCCAGAGAUAUAAAAAAAAUAUCUUCCCACCAAUACCACGUCCUGUGGUCGUAGAGUCGGUGAAUUACCGAGCAAGGAAUCAGAGUAUGCAUGAGGAGGAGGUGCAUGAGCUGCAGCUAUAUGACAACUGCAGCCAAGACCCCAACCCUGAGGAAGCCACUGUCCUGGAGGUGUCUGAGACAUACGAGUGUGAAGACACGGACGAGAAGUGCCUGGGAGACUCCAGCACCCCAGUCAGUGACCUGCUGAGCCCUGAUUAUAAGGCCCAGGUGCUACGUCUAGAAACCCCUGAUUCAAGCCAAGGAGAGAUUGACUGUUUGGUCACCAUGUUGAUGUACAGGAACGGUCUGGUCUUUGAUAUGAAAGCAUACUCCACCGAGGAUGUCGGGAUCCCACUUUAGACAUCACUGCUGUAGCACUCGCUCGAAGCCUGUAAUUAUAAUAUAUGACCCCCUUAUUAUGGUGUAUUGUCACUUUCUAUUGGUCCUGACUAAAUAACAGCCAUCUUGAGUCAGUUGAGAGAAUGGACAUGUUAUAAGCCUUAUAAUAAUGCAUUAUAAAGGCUUAUUCUUGUUUCUAACAAGUUAUAAAGCGUAUCUGCAUCCUUUAAGUAAAGUGUUAGGCAACACUGCCAGAGAGUGGUGACAGUGGCCUGGCUGGGCCAUUUGGCACUUUGUCUGUUCAAAUAUUCAGGCUAGUUCAUUAACAGAUAAUUAUUAUAUUAUUGUGGACAUUAAAAUAUGUUUAAACACUGUAGAUAUAAAUAAUACUGAAAAAGUUUGCAUUGAUGUAUUUCUUUAAAAUAUUUGAUUCAACUUAUUUUCUUGACAAUAAGCAAAAACAGACAACUUCAUUUACAUACAUUUCCACAAACAUUAGUGGCAUCACACUUGCCCAGACCCACAUGUUCCCACACAAACAAAGAGGUGUAAUGGGUUAGCACUCAAAAAGAUGUCGCAUAAAGCUUACUGUACUUCAUUAUUCAAUGUUUUUCAUUAUUUUCACUGCAUCAGACGUUUCGGCUUUAGUGCUUUCUAAUGCUCUGCCCCAUGUGACGUCAAAUUGUGUUAUGUUGUUUCUGUCUGUAGACAGAUUUUUCCCAUAUUUAAAUAAUAAAGCAUUUGAUGACCCCCCACAUUCUAAAAUUGCGGUCAUGUGGUCGGGUAGGCUGUUUGGCUAACAUUAGCUAGCUAGCUCACUAACUGUAGGUAUUAUUUUUGCCUCACUCACACUAGACCUGAAUUAAAUGAUGAAACUAGCGGCCAAACGUUUCUUGACAGCGCAAUGUGAGUUUUUAUUAGAAUCAGUAUAGCAAUGUAACGUUAUUGAUUAUGUUCAUAUAAUCUCAGACAUAAAUUACUGCAGUUUAAGACCAUCCAUAGAUCGUACUAUAUGCCAGUGAAACUGAAUAAC